CCGUAAUCAUCACCUGAUUUACUCUCGUGUUUUAUCACGUGAUCUGGAAUAGGGAAGAAGCACAGAAAACAAGGCAGCGAGCAACAAAAAUACAAAUGGGCAUUGUCUGCGGACAAAAGUUAAAUUUCGCUGUUAUAUAGAAGUCGUUUACGUUACCAUAACAACAGCGGGGGUCUUUGUUCGGCGCUUAAGAUGACCUCAAUUAAAUUGUGUUUUCACUAUGUAUUGGUUUGUGCAUCGUUACUUUCCGUGUUCUUUAAUACCAUGGCACUCGGGGGAAGGUCGAGGAAACCCAACAUAAUUUUGCUUCUUACAGACGACCUCGAUGUUAUGAUAGGUGGCAUGAAUCCACUGAACAAGACCAGAAAGCUUAUUGGCGAUGCAGGCGUAACCUUCACAAAUACAUAUGUGGCCAGUCCGCUGUGCUGCCCCAGCAGAGCCACCAUCCUGACCGGGAAGUACCCUCACAAUCACCGCGUGGUCAACAACACCCUGGAGGGGAACUGCAGCAGCACAGCCUGGCAGAAAACACAGGAGCCCGUCUCCUUCCCAGCCCUGCUGCGCCAGCACUGCGGAUACCAGACCUUCUUCGCAGGGAAGUAUUUAAACCAGUACGGAACAAAGGAAGCUGGAGGCAUCGAGCACGUCCCGCCUGGCUGGGAUUACUGGUACGCCCUGGAGAAGAACUCCAAAUACUACAACUACACUCUAUCAGUGAACGGAAAAGCAGAGAAGCAUGGUCAGGACUACCACCAGGAUUACCUGACCGACGUGCUGGCGAAUUUCUCCAUGGAUUUCUUGGAUUACAAGUGGAAUUACCAGCCGUUCUUCAUGAUGAUCUCCACCCCUGCUCCCCACUCCCCCUGGACCUCCGCUCCCCAGUACGAGAAGAGCUUCCCUGAUGUCAAGGCGCCUCGGGACCCCAGCUUCAACGCGCACGGGAAGGAUAAGCACUGGUUAAUCAGACAAGCCAAGACUCCAAUGACAAACUCCUCCGUUGAGUUCCUAGACAAUGCCUAUAGAAAAAGGUGGCGCACCCUGCUGUCUGUGGACGAUCUCGUGGAGAAGGUGCUGAAGAAGCUAGAAACCCGAGGAGAGCUUGACAACACCUACAUCUUCUUCACCUCGGACAACGGCUAUCACACAGGUCAGUUUUCCUUGCCUGUGGACAAGCGUCAGCUUUAUGAGUUUGAUAUCAAGAUCCCCUUGCUUGUAAGAGGACCCGGGAUCAAACCGAAUCAGACAAACAAGAUGCUGGUUGCAAAUGUUGAUCUGGGACCUACAAUCAUGGAUAUCGCUGGAUACGACAUUAACAAGACACAAAUGGACGGCAUGUCUUUUCUACCACUAAUGAACGGCGAAGGGAAGAAUGUGACGUGGCGCACUGACUUCCUGGUGGAGUACGAGGGGGAAGGACACAACCAGAUUGACCCGUCCUGCCCAGCCCUGGGCCCGGGAGUGGCAGAGUGUUUCCCAGAUUGUGUCUGUGAAGACGCCUUCAACAACACGUACGCGUGUGUAAGGACGAUUUCAGCCUCUUCAGACUUGCAGUAUUGUGAGUUUGAUGACAGUGAGGUGUUUGUGGAGGUGUACAACCUGACCGCCGACCCCUUCCAGCUGACCAACAUAGCCAAGAGCAUCGACCAGGAGGUGCUGGAGAAGAUGAACCACCGGCUCAUGAUGCUGCAGUCCUGCUGGGGGCCGUCCUGCCGCUCCGCCGGGGUCUUCGACUCAGGGUAUAAAUUUGAUCCACGCUUAAUGUUCAAUCACCACGGCCCCAGGUUCCACAAACUCCUGCGACGAACCCUGCAGUAACAGCGAGUGUGCUGUGAAGAAAGACAGCCACUUUGUAUCCUGUUUACCUUGUGCUUCAAGGAGCUACCCUGUGUCGCUUCCACUGGGCAAUGAGAACGGCUGCCGUUCUCACCCCACCAAGAGGGAGGUUCUUUGUAACCUAAUUGUAACCAGUUGUCUCUUGGUUUUUUUGUUUUGUUUUGUUUUUUUAGGCCUUGAACUGCAAUUGAUCAUAAUUCUCUGGUGUUAUGCAGGGUCGUACAUUUCAGUAUCAAUGUAUUGUAGCAGAAUUACACGACCUGCAAGAUAAUCUAGCUUGUUGUUUAAUUCUGCAGAUACAGUCUUGUUAAACUAAAAGUUAAUAAUCCUACAGCAGCUCCAUAAUCUCCAUAUAUCUAAAUUGUUGCAGUUGGCUUUUAAUUUUAAUAAUUUCCGAUUGAUCUUUUACAUUGAUGGUACUGCAUGACUUUAAUUAUUAUUUUUUUAGUUAGAUAACUUUUAUUAUUUCAAGUAGAUUUCCAAGAUUUUUCUUUUUUUAAAAAAUCUGUUUUUCAGAAUAAUCAUUUCCUUUGUUUUCCUGUAUCAGUUGUUUGAAAACAGAAGUAGAAUCCUUGUCUGGUGGGAUCCACUGUGAAGCAGACUAGAGGAUUUCAUUGUUAGUUUACCCAAGCCAACCUACCAUCUCGAAGGGUUACAUAGUCUUUAAAGGGAUCCCUUUAUAUAAUUACAGUAUACUAAUUGUUUAAUACCCCCAUUCUGCACAAUACUCUAUUGUUCCUUUGGAAAAGACUCCCCAAACUGAUGGUGGGGAAGCACGUUAACGUUGUGGAAUCCUCUACCUAGAUGCGAUUCAGAACCUGUUUCAGUCCUACAGUCGCACCUCACCCAGCUCAGCCUGGGUUUCAUUGGCUCCCUCAAUCCCAGCGGGGCCUCUGAUUGGGUGGAGUUGUUUGAGGUGGUUGCAGAUUCGGAUUUAAAAACUUACCCUGCUUAUUUGUUGGCCCACUUUCAGUGAUAAACGCACUGCAGUUAAAAACGUGCUUUUAUUCUUGAAAUAUCUUCUUCCAGCGUCCGAAGUGCACUGACGUGCCGCUGCACCGCCAGCAAGAAACAUAUCAACAUCAGGAACGAUAUAAAAAAAAAAUAUGUAUCAAAGUGCUUACUGAUGUGCUAGGAUUGAAAAUCGGUUCCGAAUCAUGGCUCCUCCUCCUCCUCUCCCCAACAAUAAAAUAGAGAACUUGUGCAGACGUUUUGUGUUGGUUCAGCCAAAAUAAGAAAUGCCAAAAAGUCAGUAAUACAUAAAUUAAAUUGGGCAGAAAGGGACCUGUUUUUUUCAGAGAGCUCUGUAACUAUCACAGCAGUUUAAACCAGCUCAUAACUUAAUUCCCCAGUGCUAUUAGUACUGCCUUUGUGGUGUGUCACAGCAGCUCUGUUGAUUGAUACAUACUCUCUUUGCAUCUCUUUUAUGCACUGUGUGCAUACACACAAACUACUGUAGGUGUUCUCUGCUUCCAAUGCAUUUUUUUGCACUAGAAAAUGUUAACCCUUAGAUUUAAAAGAUGCAAAGUGUUGCCCGACCUCGCAGCUAAAACCACAUCUGACAACAUAUAGAGGCGAGGAAUGCCUGGUCUACUUUCAUUCAGAGAGGGUCUCUGUCCAUUACCACAGAAACUGAUGAAUAUUGGAUCCCAGAAUGGGAUCAGGUGCUGUUUUCAGACGGGAAGUCGGGACAGCUCGCUGAGUAAAGGUGCCACUCUAUUAGAAUUGGCAUUGCUUUACCUGUAGUUUUAUACUGAUUUGUAUGGUGCUGUCUGGGUUGGAGUUUACCGGCAAGAUUACCAGUGAAAAGGGUUUAUUUAUCUGUAACGAGAUUCUUCGUACUAGUUCUGCCAAAACUGUGAAUUGAAAUUGAUCGACUGCUACUCUCGUUAUUUUUUUGCUAUCGAUUUGGGCAAAGCCUUCCGCGUUACAUUAAAGAUCCUUGUUAUCUGAAUUUACGUACAUAAAUCAUUAAUACAGUCGCAACUGCAACUAAUCAUUCAGACAUGUACUCUACCUUUAAGUAUCCAUUGUUCUGUAUAUUAGGGUUAGGCUGAAUUGUGUAAAAAGUAAAGCCAAGAUUCUUACUUUAAAUCCCAUAUGACCAAUAGAUUAGAUGGGAUACCUAAAGCACUGGUACAGGGCAUCUUAUGUGAAUGUUUUUUGGCUAUUUAGAACUUUUAGGGCUGUAUACAUACUCUGCCCAAGAAACAAAAUAUAGUUCACUGCAUCAAGCAGGAACACAUUAAAUAGAAUAUGCUGAAACUAUAGAAAUCAAAAGUUGUGGUAACUGUCUGAAUAAUGUGUGAUGAUGCUGUGCUGUAUAUCGCUUUCUCAAAUCAUCAGUAUUAUCGGUUAAUCAAAUAAUAAUGACGUUCAUAAAGUGUCCGUGGUCACUGCUGCACUUUUAAAUUCAUAAAAAUAUGAAAUGUCACAUUAAAACCAACACAAAAAAGUACACUUUGUUUUCAUGGUUUAUGGUGAACACACUGACAAUUUUUUGGCUUGCCUGUUUUGUGCAAUAAAAUAACUUACAAAAAAUAAUAAA